AUGAUGUCCCCCGAAGAAGCGGACCGCCUUGGGCUGAAGCCCUUUGGAGACGGCGGUGCUGAAAACGAGACAUCGCCGCGGCGGCCCAAGUUCUACACGCAUGGGCCCUGCCGAUCCCCUGCGGCCGAACAGUUUGUAGUGUCAUGUGCGGGCUUUGACGAUGCUGACGAGGCCGAGCAGCGCAGAAUAGCUGCGGAGGCAACGGAGAAGAUGAAGAGCAACGGCUUUGUGGUGCUUGAGAGCUUGCUACCUCGAGAAUGGGUCGCAAAGCUCGAGGCGGAAGCCGCUGCGUUUCUGGACUUGCCCCAGCCAGGCCUGAUUCCCCAGCCCCUACGGGCAGGGCGAACAGAGGGGCAUCUGGCGUUCACAGCGCCCUGGGCAAGCGAUUGGCUUCUGAGGAACGAGCUUGUCCUUGAGGUGGUUGCCGGCUACAUGAACAAUAACCUGGCAGCCGGCCGCACUCAGGAUGAGCAGCAGUGGGGCCUUGUGCAGUGGCUGACAUCCGGGGCAUCUCUGGACUGGUUCUCGAUGCCAGAGUGGGGGCCAAAAGCCGGUCACCUCCUGGAGAAGCCACCGCCGGGCUGUAGUGAUGUAGGGACCCACGUCGAGACGGGGCCUUUCUUCGGACGGAUCUCCCUCAUCAGAACGCCUCCAGGCUCAGAGCCCCAGAAGCACCACCGGGACAUCAACUUCCCGGGCCCUGCUGCACAGGUCACGGCGCAGGUGGCCCUGACCCAGCUGCACGCCAACAACGGGCCGUUGGCCUAUGUCCCCGGCUCCCAUCGCAUGCUGACCCCUGGCUUCGAAGUCGUCGCGGCGCCCCCUCUUGGCUCGGUCGUGUUGUACGAUUCGUUCUGCGAACAUCGCGGCAUCGAACACCAUGGCAACAAAGAUCGGUAUGCUGUCUACUACGAGUUUGAGACUCGCGGGGUCUUCAGCGGCUACACCGCAGCACACUUCGGCCCCGAGUCAGAGGCGCACAUGAAAGCAUUCCGCGACUUCGUAGAUCCAGCACUCCGUGACUGGGUGCAGCGUGUUCAUGCAUAG